UUUUGAGGUUGCUGUGAUUGUUGGAGUAAAUGAGCUGGACAAACAGCCUCGCACUUUUGUUCUCACCAUACUCUUUGCUCACCAGGCUGUUCGAAAAAUGGACACAAGUAAUAUGUCCACAACGGGGAUUCGGCAGAAAGUCAUAGAUAUUUGCUAUGGACAAGUAGGAGACGCUGAAUUAUUUCGACAGCUCGCGGAUUUCCUCGUGUGUAAUAAGGAUUCAUUGCCCGCCAGUGCCAGAACUACCUUAUGCAACGCAUUCGGUCGACGGACUCCUGCCAAUGGAGGGUCAAUACGCAAAAAGGGCGACGCAUUGGAGAGAAUAAAGAGUGUGAAAGAAAUCAAUCUACCUGAACUUAGUGCAGCGGCCGUUGAGCUAUUCAAAAAUGAUCCCUCCCUGUUUUGGCGUUUCGGAGUUCGCGUUGACAACGAUUCAGGUCUCCAGAACCCUCUCAGUGACCUAUAUUUGAGAAGAAAAAAGAGCGACACUGCAACCAGUAUCAGUUCGGCAUUUCAUUCGAUAGCCGUGUUUGAAAUGAUACAAAUGUUAAUGAAACUUUUUGGGACCCAAACCUUCACCAGGCAAGUUGCAACGUACUGUGCAAAUAUGAUCGCCAGGGAUGAUUACUCUGGUGUGAAGAACCAAAGGAUACAAGAUAUCAUACAUGACUUGGAACUUGAUUACGCCAAAGGAAAUAUAUACAGCCGAUACACCAGUGCACAUGGAUAUGGCAUCAUAUUUUAUAUGUUUGUCGUACCUUCCACUUUAUAUGAGAAAUUCUUUAAGUCGAAAAGCGAUGUUGAUAUCGUCAUCUCCCACUUUCUGAAUGUAGGCUUAAGCAUCGGUGACAACGCAACGUUAGCAGGGAAACGUAUCGUGGAAAGUGUAACUAGCCGUUUUAAAGAGCAGGCUCUAACGAUCGUGAAUAUCUGCGGGACUCUUUCCAUCAAUCCUUGCUCCUCGAAACGGAAACGCGCAAGAUCCCAGACUUCAACGAAACAUGCUGCUCGCAAAGACCCAGGGGGCUCGACAAGAACUGAACCACAAAUUGAGCAGAUACAACAUAGGAAUGCCUGUGGAACACCAGGUUCCUCUGAAGUCUCCAAUAUAGCUGGCACCAUCCAAACACACACAUAUAAAAACACCAGCAGUCAAACUACCUUAUCCGAGCCAUAUGGAAUUGAACAAGUGCCUGGCUCUGCAAAUAUAGUUACUGGCGAUACGCCAGUGUCUUCCCUUAUCAGCCCAACAGAGCAAGAGGCACAACCGACGCUCUUCAUGUCUCCAGGAACUAUGAGGCAACCACACUCAGCGGCCCAGAGAGUAUCUGGCACAGUACAACAUACGACAUCACCCUUUAACAUUGACUCCGUUAACGCGGCACAUUUAAUGCAAAACUUCAACAUAACAUCAUUCGCCAAUGCAGCAGAGUUAAUGGAGAACUUCGACGUGACGUCGUUUGAUCCUUUGACUGCUGCCUCACUAAUGCAAAGUUUCGAUCUAUUUCAUCCGAUGCCCGAUAUCAGGUACCACGAUAACCAGACCUAUAAUUAAUAUACAAUCGUUACAUAGCGGUGUGUCUUAACAAUACCAAAAAUCGAAAACAAAGAAGAA